AUGGCGCCAGACAAGCAACGAGAUCAACAAGGAUGGAAACCCGCCUUGCUUGUAGGACGUCUCUUUAACGUUAGCCGAUGCAGAUCCUCGUGGGACUCGGGUGAUACAUCAACAAAACACUACACAUCCAUUGGUUUUGCAGGAUGGAGUGAGGUUUUGGAUCACCUCAGUCUUGAUGCGUUCCGUCUGGCGGCAUCACACCCUCAACACCCAACUAUCGCUCCGGCUCCAUGGACGACCGAGCUUCACGAUGGUGAUGAUCUUUUCGAAUGGGCUGGACCAAACAUCUGGUUCAAAACAACAAAAAUUGCAUCUGAAGUUAAGGGCCGAGACGAGGGAAUUUCUGCUUCACAUGUGGUCUUGAGGGUGAGGAUGAGGAGAGCCGCAUGGCUCGCCCUACGAACUCUAACCAUGGAAAAUAGCAAAUUUACCAUGUGA